AUGUUUUGGAAAUUCUGCUUAGCAAUUGCUCUAUUGGCAGUAAGUAGGGCUACAGAUGAAAAAGUUGAGCGUGCUUUACUUGGUCCACAAGAAGAACUUAAAAAUACGUCAGAAGGCUUCAAGGCUGCCGAAACACCCGACUUCCUCCGACUGGCUACCGACAAUGCUCGUAAGGAAUAUAUAGGUAAGUAGGC